AUGGUUCAAUAUCGGCCACUCGACGAGGCGAAACUUUCAACAGCCACUCUGGAGGUGCCGGUGAUGAUCGAAAUUGAAAGAAAAUGCUCUCAUGUGAAAUGUGAUGGAACUUGUGAGGGAGCGUCACGUGGAGUCUUUUCGAAACGAUGUAAAGCCAUUGAAACACUUUGUGCCUUCUAUUUGGUGUUGAGUAUCCUGUUCUGGCUUGGCUCCGUCUUCUACUAUUUAUAUCUUCAAAUAACCGUCGUCAUCGACAACAAA